UCCGAUGAUUGAUUUGCAAUUAGUACGACACAACAGAAUAACUGCAAGAGAAUACAAUCGUAUGUGGGAACACGUUCUGGCGCUGUUCACCUUGCAGGGCAGUCGGCUGACAUCUGAGGCCCUUCGAAUCCUUGUGAAUGCUGAGGACAUACAUGUUAGAGCCAUUCGAGCGGAAUUCAGAAGUUAUAUAUCUCUUUUACAAAACGACGAUGACCGAUAUUCAAUGGAAUUCGAAAGAGAUACCGAAAUAUCUGAGCUUACCAGAGUUAAAGGCAUCGGAGAGGCAGACUUAAUUGCACGCAGAGCAGACAUGCAAUCGCCAUUGAGAGUCGCAACGAAAGUUGUCAACGUCCUGCUAAAAAUGGAAACAACUAGAAGAGCGUUCAGCAGAACAAUACAAGCGUUCGCUCGCAUUCGGCAAUGAGAUCUUGAAAGUCAGAAUGUUCAUAAAGUACGCUUAUGAUUAUUCCAUGUUUGACAAUGCCAUUUUAUACGUUUGUUUAUUAUACCGACUUUUAGGAAAAAUUUUCAUAUAAAAGAAUUCUUAUUCUUAAAGUUGUGAUUAUCUUCCUCAGUAUACAUACAAAGCAGUUACAGUUAGACCCAGAGGUCUAAUAUUAAAUUGUUAAUAAAUGUAGUUAUUAAAUGCCUAACUAUAACAAAAUGAUGUUGAUAUUGUUUUAAUGUGAAUGAACAAAAACGGUGUGCCAAGUUGCUCAUCUACUUUCUGUGAUGUCAAAUUCUGAAAUCAUUGUUGAUUUCACGUGCUGUUGUAAAAGGCGAAUGAUAACGUCAAUGGCGUAAAAAUGAC